GUUUUCAAAAUUUGUACAAUCGCAUGUGGAAACGCGACGGCACUUGAAACGAUGCCAUUGCCAUGCCUGGUUGUAUACUUACCUAGAUGCUUAAAUACAUACGAUUAUACGGAUACUCACACACACGUACACACACGCACACACAUGCACACAUGUAUGCAUAUAGUUUUGCAUAGAAUGUGAUUUAUAUGCCCGAUGCGUUAGUUUAGUGAGUCGCGAGUGUUUCAUGUUUUUUUGUUGUUUUUUAAAUGCACUUAAAGAGAAAAAAGUUACGCAAAAGUGUCAACGAAAUGCAAAGGAAAAGUUUAAGAAAUUGUCAGUGCAUGGCGACUAAUUAAUUGAUUGAUUGAUUGAUUGAUUGAUUGAUGAUCGAAGUGUAACAACAACAAGAGCCGCAGCAUAAAAGAUGCAAGCAGCUAAUUAAAAAGCCAACGAGGAGAACAACAACAACAACAACUACAACAACUACAACAACAACAACAACACACUAUAUAUAUGCAUAUAUGUAUAUGUGUAUAUAAUCAAAAUUAAGGAAAACCGCAAACAAACGAGCGAAAGAGAAAAAAACGAAAAAAGAAAGAUGCAGCCGUUAAUACAAGGCGGCAGCGCAGCCAGCAGAGCAGCAGCAGCAGCCGCAACGAAAUUAACAGCAACGAGUAGCAGUAAAUGUAACAGUAACAGUAACAACAACAACAACUUAACAUUAGCUAUAAUGCGCACAACAAAAGCAACAGCAACAACAGAAACAAAAACAAACACAAACUCCAAAUUUCACAAACGUCGACGAAGGCGACAGUGCAGUCAGCAGCGCAGCAGCAGCAGCACAACAACAGCAACAAUAACAGCAAGAACAAUCCGAAGAAGAAGCAGCAUCCCAUAUCUAAGCAGAACUGGCGCCUAUCUGACGCUAUUGCUCCUAACCACAACAUGUUCCUUGUGCGCUGUUGCCGCCGCAUCCGCUGCCACCGCCACCGCCGUCGCCGCUGCCGCUGCCUCUGCCGCUGGCUCUGCCACGAAUAGCGCCAGCGCCAAUGGCUUUGUUGUGCCCAGUUCACCCUGUGAACCGCAGCACUGGUGGGAUCAGCUGCAGCACAAGUGCACGCCCUGCACCAUCUGCCAAGGCGAGAUGAUACCGCAUCGCCCGUGCCAGCUGCACAUCGAUACCGUUUGCAGUUCCAUUUACGAUCUGCCAAUCGAUUGGGUGAGGGUGUCCAGAACGGAGCCAAACUGGAAGGAGCGCCGAAAGUCUUCGGAAUAUGAGCGUCCCGAUUAUCCAACGCCGCUGCAGCACUUGACCCACGAGCAGCUGCAGCAGCUGCACGAGGAGGCAGCCGCUGCCUUGCCCCUCGACUGGCAGACGGGCGCACUCUUUAUCGCGGCGCUCGCCUGCCUGCUUUUCUUUUCGGUGGCCGCCUGCAUACUCAUCCAUCAUAUGCGCCAGUGGCGCCGCAUGGAGCGUCGAUUGGAUCAAGAUGUGGAAGAGUUGUCCACGAAGCUGAUGGCCAAGCUGGCCGAGGUGCAGAGUCUGGAUGGUGGCACCUUCUUCAUAGGCAAUGCGGAUGCGUUGCGCGGUCUGCCCGCCUCGGCAAUGACGUCGGCGUCGGCGUCAGCGUCCGCUGCGCAGUCGGGCAUCUUUCAGCCGCAACAUGUGCUGCUGCCUGUGGAAAAGCAUGCCAAGCAUCAUGAGCGACGCAUCUUGAGAACCCUGCAGCCGGGCAAUGUCUACAUCGAGGAGAGCAACGGAUUAGGAGCUGGUGUCUUUGCCGGCUCGAAGGGCUGAUGCUGCAGUCUGGCCAGGAGCUUGUUGGGAAAUACUUAAGUGUACGUACGUUGACGUCGAGUACAACAACAACAGCAGCAACAACUGCAGAAACAGCAACAACAGCAGCAACAACUUUGUACAAAGAGAACGCUGAGGGAGCUCGAGAGCUUGCAAAAUUUGGAGAAUUAUUUACGCGUACGAUUAAUAUAUACAUAUAUUUGCCUGAUAUUUAAUUUAAAUGUUAUGUUGACUUGUUUGUAAUGCAAAGGCACAGCAAUUU